CCCUCCUAGAGCAGGGAUAGGAAGGAGGGACUGCAGUGUCGGGUUUCAGGGAAGGGGGGUGCGGGUGAUCGUGGAGCCGACUAUACUUAGGCAGGAUUUUGUUUAUCCUGCCCACUCUGGAACUGCUAUAGUAUCAGCUGAGACCCCAGCCUCCGUCCCUCUGGUUCCAGCUGUGUUCCAGGCUCCAGGCCCCAAGGCAUCGGCUCCACGCCGUGCCCCGAGUCUCCCCCAGGGACAAUGCUGCCCGCCCUGAUGAUUACACUUAGCUGCCUGGGCUUCAGCUCCCUGACACAGGCCCACCUUGUCCCCACUGUGCCUUUGGGCCCAGCUCCCGAUGCCUUUGAUGAUGCUUACUUGGACUGUGUGGAGGAGAUGGAGGAGGAGGUCCCCCACCUGCUCCAGGAGGAGAUGGCUCAGCACUCCCUGCUCCGGGAGUCCUGGGGAGCUGCCACAGCUGCCUGGGAGAGCCGGAGAAGGGAGCUCACUCUGCCCCUGGGCUUCCGAACCCAGCACGCUGUGGCUGUCAUGGUCUACACCAAUUCAUCCAACCCUCUGUACCGGGAGCUGAACUCCGCUGUGAGGACCACAGGCAGCUCUCGGGAGGACUACAUGGAGCACUUCCCCUUCAAGGCCCUACAUUUCUACCUGAUGCGGGCUCUGCAGCUGCUGAGAGCUCCGGAGAGCUGCCAGGAGGGCCCUGGGCAGGAGGUGUUCCGAGGGGUGAGCAGCCUCCGCUUUCAGCCUAAGCAGCUGGGAGAUGUCAUUCGCCUGGGCCAGUUCACCUCCACCUCUGAGGAGAAAGGGGUGGCCCAGGGAUUUGGAAACUCCACCUUCUUCACCAUGAACACUUGUUUUGGAGUUCCUAUACAAGCCCUUUCGGUCUUCCCAGAGGAACGAGAGGUUCUCCUUCCGCCUCAUGAGGUUUUCCUGGUGUCUGACUUCUCUCAGGAUGGGACCCGAAACCUAGUGACCAUCAGGAGCCUCAAUCGGACCUGCAGCCAUUUCAACUGUGCUUACCUGGGCGGAGAGAAGAAGGAGGGCUGUGUAUCUAAUGCAGGACAAAGUUGGGAUGCUCUCCCCCAAGGAUCUUGGCUUCAGCUGAUGCCAAGGACUCUGCUCCUGCCUCCUGGAGCCUUCCAACUCUCAGGCCCAGUGCCCUGACCCUCCAGCCCCGGGUUGGGAAGUUGUAGGGACCUCUGGGUCCCCUGUUGUGUAAGCCCUGCCAGGUUGAGGGCAGCCUGGAGAAGCAAGCAGAA